GAGGUUAACGACGACAACCCGACGACGCCGCCGCCAACUUCUUGACCACUCCAGCCUCGAGGUACGGACAGACAAAAUGGCGAACAACAGAUUGCAAUACCGCCGCCGGAACCCGUACAACACGCGGUCCAACCAGGUUCGGAUCAUCAAGACCCCUGGCGGUGAGCUCCGUUACCUUCACAUCAAGAAGAAGGGUACCGCUCCCAAGUGCGGUGACUGUGGCAUCAAGCUCCCUGGUGUUCCCGCCCUCCGCCCCCGCGAGUACGCUCAGAUCUCCCGCCCCAAGAAGAACGUCAGCCGUGCCUACGGUGGUUCCCGCUGCGCUGGUUGCGUCAAGGACCGCAUCGUCCGCGCUUUCCUGAUCGAGGAGCAGAAGAUCGUCAAGAAGGUCCUCAAGGAGUCCCAGGAGAAGGCCGCCGGCAAGCGCUAAUUGCGUUUUUGUUCUCUCGGACGGUUUCUUCUUCCUGUCAUGUCUUUUUUUUGAAGGAGCGGAAAGCAAAUGGAAAAAUUCUUAAAAUUGGCUGGGUUAUGGAUUCUCCCUCAGUGAAUUGAACGGACGGCUAGCGCGGCAGACUUUAAAAAGGGCCCGUGAUCAAUGAAUUAUAUUCUUGAAUGUGAAAUCUUCCUCUUCCCUCUUUCAUUAUCUUUUUUUUUUCUCUCCGGUCUUGUGAGGAGCUAAGCAUGGUUGAUGGUGUCUGCGUGUGGGAAUUCUGUAGAAAAAAGAUGAUACCCGCUGUUGCCCUCUCGGCAAUGCCGAACUGAGAUCAUAUGGCAUGCUAUCAUAGUUAGUUCGAGGCCCAGCGGUGGAAUCUCAAACAUAUCCUCUCUACAAGUUAAGGCCAACGAGCAAGCAUCUCGCAG